AGUAAUGUAGACAAAUAUGAGAAUGUGACAGAAGAGAGCUCUGAUCAUGAUUUUCAGCCAACCAUAACUAGAAAAAGGAAAUAUAUGUAUAAGCACAAUAGGUCAUUUAGACAAUAGUCGUCUCAAUAUGACAACAAUAUAGCCGCACUGUAUCAGAAAUAAAAACCCGCUUCUUUCUCUAUGACAUUUUUUUCAACUGGUCACAAUUAUUUUACUGAUGGUGCCAAUACUAAAUACAAGGAAUAUACAACAGAAGAAGCAAACAACUUUUUAAACGCGAAUGAACAGGACUUGACAGAUCUAUACAACGUAAAACAAAUUCUACUUGCUCUUGGACAGACAAAAGAUCCAUUGACAGAUGAACGAUGGUUCAACAUUCUAUUCAAACUCAUUUCUUUACUGAUAAUCAAUCAAGAGACACAAGCCAAUGCUUAUGAGGCUAUUGAAUAUUUAGCAGACAGACUUGACUAUGAUCAAUUAUUGGAACAACUUAUGGAUAAGCUUAUCUGCUUUGAAUGGGACCACAAAGACGAUAAAAACAAGUGUCUUGAAAUAGCAAAGGAAUACACCAUUUAUGUUGAACUAUUUGGAAGGGCAAUAGAAAAGAUAUCGAGACCUAAGGAAUGGAUGUUAUAUCUACCUUUUCUUACAAACCAUUUGCAAAAGGCCAUGGAGUCCAUUGAGCCUGUCUUGAUCAACAAAUGCGCGCUCUUUCAACGGAAAAAGCCAUUUUCAAACUGGGAUCAAUCUGUUUUGCUCGUGGUAGGAUGUAUUUUGGAUUUCACAGAGUUUGUCCACUCAGUCACUGUCUCUCAAAGCCCUUCAGAAUUCAGAGCUGAUUAUGAUGAUAUCGGUUUACAGGAUGGAGAUGUAAAGAGGAGAUAUUUAGGCUAUUUUCUUUUAAAUAUGGUGUAUGAAAAGGUCAUUUUAAAUUUGGAUAUGCAACUAUCAAAUAAGUACUUUGAAAAACACUAUUCGAAAUAUAGCAUGAAAAGAUCUGUAGAGCAGCAAGAGGAUAAUGAGUAUAUGCUCAAACUUACUCAACGUUGUAUGACAUUGGCUAAUACAUAUGAGUUUUCAUAUGAGAAAAUGUUUCAACUUUUGAAUUCUAUUAAACAUGAAGAAGUAAUAGAAAAUGACAGACAAAUGAUAAACGUCAGAUUAUAUCCACUAAAUUACGAAGGCAUUGCUUCAUUACUCUCCAUUUCACUAUAUAACCAGCUUGCCUCUCAGCAUACAAUCGAUCUGGAUGCUUUUGAUUUAGCAAAGACAUAUAUCGGUAUUCUUAUACAUCUGAUGAUGCAACCAUCGGACAGAAUCAACGCGAUUGACAAAGCAAUAUUUGUUGCACUUUAUAUCUCAGACAAGAUACAUGUUAACCUGAGCAUGGAAGAUAUCGAAACGAUAAUUGAAGAUCCUGCUGAAAUAGGGGUAGGUAUUCCUGUCACCAGAAUAUUCCAAGUUGUAUCCUCCGUAGCAUCGACGUGUCCUGAUGCCUCUAUCCGAUUCUUUGCCUAUCACCUGGUUCGUAAAUUCUUGGCAUUUGGAAAUGAACAAGUAAAGGUGUUUCUGUAUCAGGAGUUACUAGAUGGGUGUCCCUUCCCCUCAAUGAAAACUGCAGCUAUAGGUAUAUUGAAAGAUCAGAUCGACCAGUCCUUUCAGGAUGAUAAGGGCGUGUUUGCAAGUCCAUUGGUCAUUGACGUGUUCUUUCCAUUGAUAUUCAAAGUAAAUAAGGCUUGGUCACAAAGACCCAGUGAAUUUUGGAAUGACUACAGUCAUGUUAUGCAAGCACUGAAUCUCUAUUAUUAUCUAUUAUUAAGAGACAGGCAUAACAGAACAGCAGUAUGGACAAAUCAGAAUAUAAGCAAGAUGAAUAAAGAGUAUAUCACACCCAUCAGACACUGUUUGGAUACUAUUGCCGUCAUGCCAAUCAACAACGAUAACCAAAUUUAUAUCACACAGAUUGAUUUAUUGAGCGACUCACUUGACAAAGUAAUGCAAGUCAUAAAAAAGGGCAAUCUAUCGGGAUUCUAAUGAUUGUGUGCCACCUGAUUCGGGAUGAAUGACUGCAUAAAUGUAGGAGUGAAUGAUGGUCAUUUCUCUUUUUCCUUAUUUUGUUUAUAAAUAAAAAUAAAAACAUGGACACUGGAAAC